UUUAGCCACUCGGAACAAAUCACUGGAAAACUUCUCGCUGCUUUGUCGGAUUUCACAGGUAGUAGGGUUUAUUAGAAUUUCAGAGUUAGAGACCCAUGGCGGAGAUGGCCACCGGCGGCGACGUUCCUACGAACAUGACUAUAUACAUCAACAACCUCAACGAGAAGAUCAAGCUCGAAGAGUUGAAGAAAUCCCUGUUGGCCGUUUUCUCUCAAUUCGGGAAGAUAUUGGAGGUUUUAGCAUUCAAGACGCUUAAACACAAAGGUCAAGCCUGGGUUGUGUUCGAAGACGUGUCUUCCGCCUCAAGUGCGCUUCGCCAAAUGCAAGGCUUUCCGUUUUAUGACAAACCUAUGAGGAUACAAUAUGCAAAGACAAAAUCAGAUGUAGUAGCAAAAGCUGAUGGUACUUUUGUUCCGAGAGAGAGAAAAAAGAGGCAUGAGGAAAAAGGGAGGAAGCGAAAAGACCAACACGAUGCAAAUCAAGCUGGAAUGGGUCAGAAUCCUGCUUAUGGCGGUGCCUACGGUGCAGCUCCUCAUUUAUCACAAAUACCGUAUAUGGGUGGUGCAAAAUCUGCAGUUCCAGAAGCUCCAGCUCCACCAAAUAACAUAUUAUUUGUUCAGAAUCUUCCGCAUGAGACCACUCCAAUGCUGCUGCAAGUGCUCUUCCGCCAAUACCCUGGCUUUAAGGAAGCAAGGAUGGUGGAAGCAAAACCCGGAAUCGCCUUUGUUGAGUAUGAGAAUGAGAUGCAAUCCACAUACGCAAUGCAGGGACUCCAGGGUUUCAAGAUAUCACUUGAGAACCCAAUGUUGAUUACCUAGGCAAAGAAAUAGAUUAGAUGACCUUUUGAAGCUGCCAUUUUUGUUUUUUGGUAAAAUGGAUGCACUUAAGAAGGAUUAGCUCUGGACCGUUGAUCUGGAAAGAUGUUGUGUAGUACCUAUUUCCAUCUUGCUUUGGCUGUUAGUGUACUUAUUUACAUUUUUUUUUUGACAAGUAAUUAUUUACUUAUUGUAGUGUAUUAAACCUUAGUUUUCCCUGUAUAUCUACUUUUUUUUAUUAGCAUAUCUUGAAUUCAGGUUAGUUCGACUAGCCUAUGUUUGUUU